CUCUUGUCACCAAAGUCAUCCGACCAUAAAGCAGUGCCAUCGACUCAUUAUUUGCGACCUUGACUUCAACCAAGCUGAACUUCGCAACAAGAUUUCUCACCACACCGGCCUCAAGAACGAUAUCCCUUCACGGACAACUUCCUCCUUUCGCCAGAGAAACACGCAAAUAUCGCAACUCGAUAAAACCUUCCCCACCACAAUCGAAUCGAGUCGAACAUGGUACGGAUAUUGCCAUCGCUGCUCCUGCUUUCGCUUGGACUGGUCUCCGCGAACUCGAUGCUUACCUCACGGCAGGAGUCAACCGACCAGUCCAGAAGACUGAUCGUAGGUGCGCCCGGACAGAUAUUGUCGUAUGAUUACGAUGGAAAGACCUUCACCUUGGUAGCCAACUCGUCGGCAGCAGGCACUGCUCCCAGCUGGAUGAUCUUCAAACAACCCGACCAACUCUAUGCUGUUGACGAAAACUCUAACACCACUCGGCUCUUCAACUUCAACCCUGCUAACGGCAGUCUUUCGGGACAGCCCAGCUUUGUUGCCGAUGGCUCAUUGGGGGUAGUCUCGCUCGAGUUCAACUCGAACCAAACGUAUCUAAUCGGUGGUUCGUACAGUGAAGGUCAGGUCGAUAUCUGGGACCUAUCGUCACCUGACGUUAGCCUGAAGCUUGCGAAACAAAUUCCCUUGCCUGGCUCCCUUGGUCCUGAUCAAACGACUCACCGGGCACACCAAAUUGUCCUUGAUCCGACGGGGCAAUUCUUCGCCGUUGCGGAUCUUGGAGGAGAUGCUAUCCACUUCAUUGAUUCAUCGACGUGGGAGAUUAACAACUCCGUCCGGGUUGAGCCAGCAGGUGCUGGUCCUCGCCAUGGCGCAUUCCUCGGUGGUAAUGCAACAUCGCUGCCGAAGUACUAUGCCGUCGCUUGCGAAUCCCAGAACUUGAUCAUCCUCUGGGAUAUUGAGAAGACCGAGAACGGCAAGAUCAACCUCACAAAUUCACAGACUCUAAGCACGUUCGGCGACGCCUUCCCCCCUUCGAAUGCGACUAGCGCCGCAGCUGGUGAACUGCUUGCCUCGCGGAACGGCAGAGACAUUUACGUCUCGAACCGCAUUAGCGGCAACGAAACAGACAGCAUCUCGCAUUUUCUAGUUCAGGAUGGCAAGCUUGUCUUUGCCGAUCAGGUUUCUAGCGGUGGCUACAUCCCCCGGCAGCUCAGUUUCAGCACCGACGAGUUGUUGGUCUUCGGCACAAACCAGGGUGGCAAGAACGGGCUGGUUGCUUUUCAACGCUGUUCCGACGAAGGAACACUUACACUUGCUGCCGCUCUGCCCAACACGGAGACCAGCGCCACUGCUAACACUGGACCGCAGUUCAUAAUGGAGGUUCCCAUUUUAUCUACUCAGGAACCUGAUCAGUGUUAAAUGGUACUCCGAAGCGAUUACGAUAGGGAACGGCUUGAUAGGGAGUUUGGCUAGUUAGGCG